AGGGUGGGGAGAAGCAGAGCUCCGGCAGCAAUUUCCCUCCUCCCUCCCUCGCCAACCCAACUACCAGUGGGCAUCAGAGCUUCCCGGUCGAAAGAUCAUGGCCUCCAUGUCGAUGCAGGCUUCUCUUGGGGGUUUCAGGCCGUCGACCUUCCUCACGGGACGCUCCGGCAGGUUGGCGAGGGGAAUCGGGGCCCAGAGCUUCCCGUCGCUGGAUCGCGUUAGCCCGUUAAAGGUUGAAGCCAAGAAGGGAGAGUGGUUGCCCGGUUUGGCGUCCCCUGCAUAUCUCAAUGGCAGCCUUCCUGGAGAUAACGGCUUCGACCCACUAGGCCUAGCAGAGGACCCAGAAAAUUUGAAGUGGUUCGUGCAGGCCGAGUUGGUCAAUGGCAGGUGGGCUAUGCUCGGUGUUGCAGGGAUGUUGUUGCCCGAGGUAUUCACCAAGAUCGGAAUCAUCAACGUGCCUGAGUGGUACGAUGCUGGAAAAUCCGAGUACUUCGCCUCAUCUUCAACAUUGUUCGUGAUCGAGUUCAUUCUUUUCCACUAUGUGGAGAUCAGAAGGUGGCAAGAUAUCAAGAACCCUGGCAGCGUUAACCAGGAUCCCAUCUUCAAGAGCUACAGCUUGCCACCAAAUGAAGUUGGCUACCCAGGAGGAAUUUUCAACCCUCUCAACUUCGCUCCAACCUUGGAGGCUAAGGAGAAGGAGAUAGCCAACGGGAGGCUGGCCAUGUUGGCAUUCUUGGGCUUUGUCAUUCAACACAACAUAACUGGAAAAGGUCCAUUUGAGAACCUGCUACAGCAUCUGUCUGACCCGUGGCACAACACCAUCGUCCAAACACUUCGGGGAGUUUAAACCAAGCUUGCAUUAUGUGUAUUCUUGCUUUUUCCUCUUGCCUUUCUGAACCUAAACUCAUGGAUGGCAUGGCCAUGCAUACAUGAGCUUGUUCAUCAAUUCAAAGGUGUAGACAUGUACAAUAAGAAAAACAUGUUCAUCAAUGUACUGCCACCCAGUUCUGUCAUCA